GGAGAAACCAGGCGCUUCCGGUGACGCAGUGGCAGCAGGCGGCCUGCGGGGGGCGCGUGACUGCGGUCAAACCACCUUCUGCUUCGAGGGGACUUCUGUCCCCGCGGGACACUUUGGACAUGAGCGCGGAUUUGAGCAACUGCCUGGAGAAGGUCCCGGUUCUGAUCCGGAGGAGUUCUGCGGCUUUCCCUCAGUUCCAGUACUCCCCAGAUAACGUCCAGGGCCCAGGGUGCACCACGGACCCCAGCGAGGUCACCCUCCCCGGCUGCUCCUGCCGCUCCGCCUCCUGCUGCUCCGACACCUGCCCCUGCCUGCGGACGUGCGGCCGCGCCUACGACGGCGCCGGCGCCCUGCUGGCCCUCGGCGCGGCGGGCUCCGGCUACUGCUCCCCGGUGUUUGAGUGCAACGCCCUGUGCGCCUGCAGCGACGCCUGCUCCAGCCGGGUGGUGCAGGGGGGGCUCCGGCUCCGGUUGGAGGUUUACGCCACAGAGAACAAGGGCUGGGGGGUGCGGACGCUCCAGGCGAUCCCACGGGGGACGUUUGUGUGCGAGUACGCGGGCGAGGUGAUCGGUCUGGAGGAGGCCCGGCGCAGACAGCUCGCCCAGAGACCCGGGGACAAUAACUACAUCAUCGCGGUGAGGGAGCACGCGGGCGAAGGCUCCGUCACCGAGACGUUCGUGGACCCCGCCGCCGUGGGGAACGCGGGCCGCUUCCUCAACCACUCGUGCCGGCCCAACCUGUUCAUGCAGCCGGUCCGCGUGCACUCGCUGGUUCCCCGGCUGGCGCUGUUCGCCGGGCGGAACGUCGCCGCGCGAGAGGAGCUGACGUUCGACUACACCGGCGGAUACGGCAACCGACUCCCCGCGGAGCGGCUGGCCACGCCGCGGGACGGUGGGACGGACGGACUCCAGAGGAAGGAGUGCCACUGCGGUGCCAACAACUGCGGUCGCUUCCUCCCGCUGGAUUUAUCCAUCAUCAACGCGAAAUAGCUCGAUGCAAUCGUACGUCACGUGUUAUUAUCUAAAUGUCAAGAGAUUUUCAAAUAAAGGGAUGUUGACUUGG